AUGAGUACCAUUCAGAACCUGAAGAAUUUCAUACGACAUGGCAAGCAGGCCCGCAUAGCCACUCCCCAUGCAGAACCCACCACAAACGUCUCCACCAUCCACGUAGAGCAUCAGAAACAGCCACUCAGCCAAUUCUCAGCCGCUGCUCACGGCCUAGAUGCCCUGGAUAGCAGGUUACCCCCAAAGUUUGCUCAUGCGACAACUCAAACCAAAAAGUCAGCGACCGUGCCCAUAAAAGCUGCAAGGGGACACGAGUCGGAAAUCGAACAGAUUAUCGCAGAGGAGAGGCGAAGUAGGUCACAGAUGCCAAAAUAUCCGGGUUUAGAGAGGUGGGAACUGCUGGAGAAAAUGGGCGACGGUGCCUUCAGCAACGUCUAUCGUGCCAGAGAUACCACUGGCAAAUUCGGAGAGGUUGCUAUUAAAGUCGUGCGGAAAUUCGAGAUGAACUCUAAACAGGGCGAGGAUCACCUUCAUCCGGACCUUAAGAAGAAGCAAAAGCAGGUCGUGGAGCGCUCAAAUAUCCUCAAAGAAGUCCAAAUAAUGCGCCAACUCGACCACCCCAAUAUAGUUAAGCUGAUCGAAUUCUCAGAGUCGAAUCAAUUUUACUAUAUCGUCCUUGAACUUUGUCCCGGAGGUGAAUUGUUUCACCAAAUCGUUCGAUUGACAUACUUCAGCGAGGACCUCAGUCGCCAUGUUAUAGUACAAGUCGCAAAGGCGAUAGAAUAUUUACACGAACAUUCCGGCGUUGUACACCGUGACAUCAAACCUGAAAAUCUCCUCUUCUACCCCGCUCCAUUCAUCCCCUCUAAAAACCCUAAACCCUCUGGCCCUGGUGAUGAAGGAAAAGCUGACGAAGGCGAGUUUACCCCUGGCGUUGGAGGUGGCGGUAUUGGUCAGAUCAAAGUAGCCGACUUCGGUCUGUCCAAGGUGAUAUGGGACAGUGAAACCAUGACACCAUGUGGGACGGUCGGUUACACGGCCCCUGAAAUCGUCAAGGACGAACGAUACUCCAAGAGCGUCGAUAUGUGGGCUCUAGGCUGUGUCCUAUAUACCCUACUAUGCGGCUUCCCCCCUUUCUACGACGAGAGCAUCCAAGUGCUGACCGAAAAGGUCGCGCGUGGCCAAUACACUUUCCUCUCCCCGUGGUGGGACGACAUCUCUAAAUCCGUCCAAGACCUCGUCUCCCACCUCCUCACUGUCGACCCAGACAAGCGCUUCACCAUCAAGGAAUUCCUGGAACAUCCCUGGAUCAAACAAACGAACGAAGAAACCCAUGCCGCCGCCGAUGCCCCUCCUCUCGCCACCCCAGCAGCCCUCCACGCCCACUUCAUGGAAACCCCCCCCAUCGCGCUGGAUCGCAAAAUGGACUUCCGAUCCCCAGGAGCCAUCAACCUGCGCGAAGUCUUCGAUGUUGGCUACGCCGUCCACCGCCAAGAAGAAGAAGGCAAACACCGCAGGAAUUUCAAAUACGGCUUCCGAGGCGCUCUCAACCCUCUCAACGAGGACUAUGAUGAUGACCAAGAUGACGAUGACGAAGAUCUGGAAGAGAUGUACUAUUACGAUCAGGAUAAUAAUGCAGCCACCUGCAUGGCGCCCAUUAAGGCACGGCGGGUGAUUUAUCAUACCAACCGCGCCGACGUGGCUUCCAUGGAGGCUAAGUUGCAGUCUACAAAUUUGAACGCAGCACCCGGUGCAGUUAACAUGUCACAACCCAGUGCUGUAGCGCAGGCGAGACAGCAGGCAGUUAAAAAACAGCCUGCCCAGCCACAGCAGCAACAACAGCGGCAGAAACAACAACGUGGUGGUGGGGGUGGUGGAUAUGGGACGCAUAGUGCUGCUGUUGUGGCUGCGGCGAGGGAGAGCGCGGCGCGCUCGUCGAUGCAGCCGUUUGAGCUUAGUUUGGAUAAUGCCACGUUGUUGGGGAGGAGAGGGAGGCGAUUGCCAGGGCAGGAGGUUGCUUGA